AAGGGAGGGCUAUGAGCGUUAGGGCUAAGAAGAGGCCGCAGCGACGGGACAUGGCGUCGGCCACCUCAGGACCUGGCCGCUGUGUAAGCAAAGGAGGGCUUGGCCGGCGACCACCUCUAGCUCGAGUAAGGGUGGCUGUGCGGCUGCGCCCGUUUAUGGAUGGAGAGACAGAAGCGAAGGAGCCUUCCUGUGUCCGAGCCAUAGACAGCUGCUCUCUUGAAGUGGCUAACUGGAGGAAAUACCAGGAGACACUCAAAUAUCAGUUUGACGCCUUCUAUGGCGAGAAGAGCACUCAGCAGGAAGUCUAUUUAGGUUCAGUACAGCCCAUCCUAAGGCACUUGCUGGAAGGGCAGAAUGCCAGUGUACUUGCCUAUGGGCCUACUGGAGCAGGGAAGACACACACAAUGCUAGGCAGCCCAGAGCAGCCUGGAGUGAUUCCUCGGGCUCUCAUGGACCUCCUGCAACUAGCAAGGGAAGAGAGUGCUGAGGGUCGGCCAUGGGACAUUUCUGUUGCUAUGUCCUAUUUAGAGAUCUACCAGGAAAAGGUAUUGGACCUCUUGGAUCCUGCAUCAGGAGACCUCGCAAUCCGAGAAGACUGCCGAGGGAACAUCCUGAUUCCAGGCCUCACACAGAAGCCCAUCACUAGCUUCUCUGACUUCGAGCAGCACUUCCUUCCAGCCAGUAGGAAUCGAGUUGUAGGAGCUACCCGGCUUAACCAGCGCUCUUCCCGUAGUCAUGCAGUACUCUUGGUCAAGAUAGAUCAGCGUGAACGUUUGGCUCCAUUUCGCCAGCGGGAAGGAAAACUCUACCUUAUUGAUUUGGCUGGUUCAGAGGACAACCGUCGCACAGGCAACCAGGGCAUUCGGCUCAAAGAAAGUGGAGCCAUCAACACCUCUCUCUUUGUACUGGGCAAAGUGGUGGAUGCAUUAAACCAGGGCCUCCCUCGUAUACCAUACCGGGACAGCAAGCUCACUCGUCUGUUGCAGGACUCUCUGGGAGGCUCAGCUCAUAGCAUCCUCAUUGCCAACAUUGCUCCUGAAAGACGUUUUUACCAGGAUACAGUCUCAGCAUUGAACUUCACUGCUAGGUCCAAAGAGGUGAUUAACCGGCCUUUCACCAAUGAGAGUCUACAGCCGCAUGCCUUGGCACCUGGUAAGCUGCCUCAGAAAGACCUGCUAGGCCCAUCAGAGGCAAAGAAAGCCAAGGGCCCUGAAGAAGAAUCAACUAGGAGCCCUGAGGCUACAGCAGCUCCAGCAUCUGCCUCCCAGAAACUAAGCCUCUUACAGAAACUAAGCAAUAUGGAUCCAGCCAUGUUGGAGAACCUCCUGAGUAUGGAACGUUUGCUGGGUUCCCAGGGGAGCCAAGGGACCCCUCUACUGAAUACCCCAAAGCGAGAGCGAAUGGUGCUCAUUAAGACGGUGGAGGAAAAGAACUUGGAGAUUGAGAGGCUUAAGAUGAAACAAAAAGAACUGGAAGCCAAGGUGCUGGCCCAGGAGGCACUGGAUCCAGGGGAAAAAGAGAACACUCCCACAAUUCUCCAGCCCCCUUCCUCUUGUAGUGGCACAGUGGCAAAGCCCCUGAAAAAGGCUGUAGUGAUGCCCCUGCAACGGAUUCAGAAGCAGGCAGAGUCCUCAAACAAAAUCCACCUCCUGAAGAAAGGCCCCAAAAGGAAGCUGGAGCCAUCCCAUGAGUCAGAAGCUGUGGGAAAGGAUGAGGACUACUGGGAGGUACAGAUUAGCCCAGAGUUACUGGCACAUGGGCGCAAAAAAUUAUUGGAUCUGCUGAAUGAAGGCUCAGCUCGGGAACUGCGCAGCCUGCAGCGCAUUGGCCAGAAGAAAGCCCAGCUCAUCGUGGGCUGGAGGGAGCUCCACGGCCCCUUUAGUGAGGUGGAGGACUUGGAACAGGUGGAAGGCAUCUCUGGGAAGCAGGUGGAGUCUUUCCUGAAGGCGAAUCUCUUGAGCUUGGCCGCCAGCCAGCACAGCGGUCCCUCUUGACGACCAGCUCUUGACACUGCCUUCUUUUAAAAAUCCUUGUAUAGUGACGUGUUGUGUAAAUACAGUUUUUAUUCCA